AGCAUCCAUCGUCAUUGUAAUUGUUGGCUUCAUCCCUCCGUUCCUUAUGCUUGCGCCCCGUGCUUCCAGCGCAUUUGUAUGCCUCCGAUGUGAGCUCCAGCUUACGCGCUAUCGAACGUCUUCGCUCGCGCGCCAAUCCUCGAAGUCCGACUUUUCGACCUCCACACGCCGCCACGAUGCUGCAGACGAACGCCAGGCGGUCGCACCAGGCCAAGAGCCUGCUGACACGGACUCUCCGAAGGAGUCGUUGCGAAUCUCAAGAGAGUACUUGCGACAGGGCAAGAUUGUCAGGCACAGAAAGGCUAAGCUGGGCAUGACGCGUAUGGACGAAGAUGCCGAUGUCCUAGUCAUGAACGAAGCGCCUAUACCGGAGGAGCUCAAGACGAAGGAACCUGAAGUGUCUGAGCCCAUUUCAGUCCCAGACAUCCUCUCCUCUUUGACGCGAGACAGCGCGCCGGCAACUCAGGAGGAUGUAGUGAAGCAGCUCGAAGGCUUGCGUCCUUUGCGAGGCAACCCGAACGAGCCACAAUACGUCACGACCGCCGACUUUGUAAAGCUCGUUGCCGCCUUGACCCGCGGCUUCACCACGACACAACUGUCAGACUACUACUCGACGGCGAAAAGCAUCAAGAAAGAGACGGUGUACAAGGUCGUGAAGGCGACCGUGAAGGCAACCAAACGAAGCGAAUGGCAUCCAACCACAACGGAUAUCAAGAAACGAUUACCAGGUGUUGAGGCCGUCAAGCCCGGGAAGAAGCAGAAGCCCAAGGGCAUACGCAAGGCAACGCUGGUGGACAAGAUCCUUCGAGAUGCUUGGAAGCUGGAACUUCUGGAAGAAAUUGAGGCCCCUGGUGAGCUGGAGCUCAAAUUGAAGGAGUGGGAGCUCAAACUCUUGCAGAAUGGGGCCAACGACAGCGCUCUCGCUCGAAUCGCAAGGAUCAGGAACGCCAAAGCUGAGAUACACUGGCCUACAAACGUCCUCCGCAUCACAGCAGACAAGACCACGGCCGAGUAUAUGGCGGAUGACGUUGAGGCCGCCCUCAGCAAGGCGCGAACCACAUCGCUCGACUUGAAGCUUUGGGUUGGGCAGCUCAAUGAGGUCAGAGUAGCGACAUAUCCGAAUCUGGCUGCGUCUCUUCCGGCUGAGUAUGUGUCAUCUUUGACGGGUACAACCAUCUUUGCGUCGAACCAUCACACGUUGAAAAUACAUGGACUGGACGAAGCCUCCAUUGCAGAAGCGAAACGAACACUUAUCAGACUCUUACCUUUCAAGGAGUCUGCACCACGCACAAUCGAUACACAAAAGCUGGACGCAGCAAAACAAGGGACUUAUCUAUCGCCCGUCCAUCACGACGCGAGCUCUGUAGACUUUAAUCUUCGAGGUCUAAGCGUGGGUCGAUGGGCCUUGCCCGUUACUCGCGCCGAAGAAAACCAUCAAGUAGCGUCUGAGCCGACGUCGAAUUCUGAGCAAAGCUUGCACAGUAUCGUGAACCGGGUUGCGUCUCUGCUAAAACCACCCGCCGACGCUGCCUUCACAGGCCCAGAGUCGAAACCUCGAAACAGACAGACUGGGUACUGGGCGAUGGAGCCAGAGUACAAAGUCUCUGCUGAUUUCGGCCAAGCUCUAUUUCCACUAGAAAUGUCAGACCCUAACAAGGUCAUCGAGGCUGCUUCAGAUUCCUCACGCUCACCAUUUCAUCCUGCCAUACCUGGUCUUGGAAGCUUGCUUGCUUCGUCGGAGCUUCAGAACAUUUCCAGGACGGAAACCCCCGCUCUUCUUUACGACUUCGUUCCUGCGCCCGAUCAGAAAGAUCCUGAUGUUAAAGUUGGACCGACCUUCCCAAGGCUCUUCAUCCAAGUUCGCACUGGUCGCGACGGCAACCAACCUACUAUUCACAAGCUUAGUCUUGGUUUUCAAGAACGCGUUCAUGAUGUGCUUCUCCCUGACCAGGCCGCUGACAUCCGCUUCCACCGAUACGGACGCUUAAGAUUCAGCAGCAAGAGUCACCAUGACAAAAAUGUCGAGGAGUGGACCGAAGCUGUGCGUCAGAAUAUUGAAAGUGGUGGACGUCUCUCCGCACCGUCACUAACCAUCGAUAUCCCCAAAUGGACGGUUCCAGGUUUCCCCUCGGAUGAAACGGGCAUGCUGCCAAUCAAGUACCUCUUCUCCGGCAUCCAGUUCCGACAGAGUGUCUCGGGUAGACUCCUAGAUACGCAGGUCUCUUACAGCACUGUGCAAUCCGGCAAACUGGGGGCGAAGGGCGGCGCGCUGAGUGCAUAUUCCGAGGAUCUGAAGGGUAGCCAAGCUGAAACACAGAUUCGCGACUUUGCCACCAAGUGCAUGCAGGUGGUGGACUACAUCAGCCAGGCUGGCGCGCAGACACAACCGCUGAGGCAGGUCGUACUUCCCAGAAACGAAUACAGCGCAAGGAAACAGCGUCGUGCUGAAUUGCAAGCGGCAGGAGGCGAGACUCUGAGCGCGAACGAAACUCUGCAGGACGCGCAUGCGACUCUCGGGGGUGCUCGGGAGUCGGAUGAUCUUGACGAGUACGAGGAGUCCGAAGCUUCUUUUGACGAACAGGCUGCUGGUGCUCGUCUCGCAUCGCGCCUUGACAACGACAUCGCAGAUGUCGAGCGAGAUACUGCUAUCGACGAAGCACGAGACGAGGCCGAUAAACAAAAGAGAACGGUAAAGAGCAAGGUACAAGAACAGGAAGCCAAAGCGCUUCUCGAUGACCUCUUUGGCGAUGAGCUAGAUGAAGAGUCGACAGCGGAAGAGAAGGACACCAAGGAUACCUCCGACAAGGAGAGCGAGAAAUUCUGAUCACCGACUGUUUGGAUCAAGAGCAUCAAGCAUGGCAUGGCGUUUCCGGCAUCUUUUGUACACCACAAUGUAACAUUACACGUCUUCAUGGUUCAUUCAGAGGACAAGUUUUACUGUCUGAUCACUUUCCUCGCUCUUUCUACUCGUGCUUUGUCGGCGCUUCCUCUUCAGCUCACCGCUCAUAUUCACCUGCUCUGCGCAAU